GGUUGGCUGGGGGCCUGGCACCACUGCGUCUGGAUGGGCGGCGACCUGCUCUCCAUCACCUCCUCGGCCGAGGAGGACUUUGUGAAGGGCACCAUGGGCGAGGACACCCCCUUCUGGCUGGGACUCUCCAACCAGAAAUGCGACAAGUUCUGGUGUCGCUUUGAAGACGGGAGCCAGAAUCUGACCUGGUCCGAUGGCGAGACAAUGAAUCACACCAACUGGGCCUCAAAUCAACUCGAAAGCGCCGACGUUGCAUCCUGCGCCUACGUCAACCAAGGGGGAAGGGGUGAGCCCGGCAAGUGGCGGUCUGGCUCCUGUCUUUCCUCGUUGGCCUACAUGUGCAAACGGCCGCUGAGUAAGCCUGCACGUUUGUAAUCAGGUUGACUUUGA